AUGGUAGCCGACUUGGAGCAUCGCGCAGGCGGCGCGUCUCAUUUACAAACCACCAACCAAGGUUCUUAUGGCGAUGAGGAAUACAAAUACAUGGGCCCCAGCAGCUCUUCCUCCUCCAGAGCAGUGCAGGUCCUGGAUCGGGUCCUGCGCAUGGGCCGGGUUGAGGCGAAAGGUAUUCAGCCCGUGCCGCUGGAAGCCCGACUCUCAACCCGAUACUGGAAUAUCUUCACUAUCUGGACUUCCAUCAAUACAAAUAUCCUAGGCGUCUUGUUUGGUCUCCUGGGACCAAUGGUCUAUGGCCUCAGUCUACGAGAUUCGUCACUCGUCAUCCUCUUCUUCACUCUUCUUUCCACUGUUGCCCCAGCCUAUCUAGCAACCCUGGGCCCCAAGACGGGAAUGAGGCAGAUGAUUCAGGCCAGGUACAGCUUCGGCCGGUACCUUGUCUCCAUACCAGUGAUUCUCAAUCUCGCCACCUUGACUGGGUUCAUCAUCAUCAUUUGUGUUGUUGGUGGUCAAUGCCUGUCUGCCAUCUCGGAGGGUAGCCUAACCCCGAACGCGGGCAUCGUCAUCAUUGCCCUGCUGGGACUUCUCAUCUCGUUCUGCGGCUUCCGUGUCCUGCACUACUAUGAGACAUAUGCUUUUAUCCCGGCCGUCAUCGCCCUCACCAUUGCAGCUGGGUGCGGUGGGAAGGACCUGAUGAAGCAGGCCGAGCCUGAGGAGCCAGCCACCGCACCCGCUGUCAUCAGCUACGGCAUGAUUGUUGCAAGUUACAUGCUUCCUUGGGCUGCCAUCGCCAGUGACUUGACCACGUACUUUGACCCCAAUGUCUCGUCGUGGCGCGUCUUUACUUAUAGCUAUACCGGUCUCGCUCUGCCCACCAUCCUCCUCAUGACUUUCGGCGCUGCCAUCGCCGGCGCCCUCCCCAACGUCCCCGCCUGGGAAAAGGGCUACGAGGAGACCCUCGUCGGCGGAAUCCUCGCCGCCAUGCUCGCCUCGGCCGGCAACUUUGGCAAGUUCGUCGUCGCCCUCCUCUCCCUCACGCUCCUGGGCAACACGGCGGGGACCAUGUACGCCAUCACGCUCAACUUCCAGGCCCUCUUCCCCUGGCUGAUCAAGGUGCCCCGCUACAUCUUCGCCCUGAUCGUGACCGCCAUCGUCAUCCCCGUCGCCGUCCGCGCCGUCUCCGACAACUUCUUUGUCAGCCUCGAGAACUUUGUCGCCCUGAUCGGGUACUGGUCCGCCUCCUUCUUCGGCAUCGUCGCCAUGGAGCACGUCGUCUUCCGCAGGAGACGCGGCCGGUCCUGGGAGGAGGCAUACGACCACGCCAUCUGGAGCGACUCGUCCAGGCUGCCGUGGGGUGUCGCCGCCAUCAGCAGCGGCGUGCUCUCGUUCGGGCUGGUGGUGCCCUCCAUGGCGCAGGUGUGGUGGACUGGACCCAUCGCCCAGACGACUGGCGAUCUCGGGUUCGAGUUUGCAUUUAUCCUGAGCGCACUCCUUUAUAUCCCCCUGCGGGCGUUGGAGAUUCGCCUCAGUGGAAGGUAA